GCAGCAUUGGUUUAAAUCGUUAAAAAUAUUUGAUUACAGUAUUCGUUAUAACAAUGCCUAUACGUUUAGAUUUAAAGAAAUGGAUUGCUGGAUUUGGUGCAAUCGGUGGUGCAGUGCUUUAUUAUCCAAAUGAUAAUGAUUAUACUCAACUGACACAAAAACAGCAUUCUUGGACAACAACUCCUUCCUUCUGGGGCAAAUGGGACCAUAAUUGGGAUAGACGACAUCCAGAAUGGUUAACAAAUGUAACAAAAUUUGAUAAUGAAACUAAUAAAGAGUCACGUGAGGAAAGUUCAAUUAGAAGGCAAUCAAGUGUGAAACAUCACAUAAUUUUAAUUCGCCAUGGCCAAUAUAAUACAAAAGGCAUAACAAAAUCAGAUCGAAUACUUACAACUCUUGGUAGACAACAAGCAGAGGCAACAGGAAAACGAUUACAAGAAUUAGGAUUACCAUAUUCUUUGAUUAUACAAUCAACAAUAGUUCGAGCCAAAGAAACUGCUCAAAUUAUAGAAAAAUAUCUUAAAAAUAUAACAGUUAAAGAAGAUUCGGUUCUUAGUGAAGGUAUCCCAAUUGCUCCUGAUCCACCAAUUAAUGUACAAAAUUCUGAAGUAGUUGUUUAUAAAGAUGGACCUAGAAUAGAAGCUGCAUUUAGAAAAUAUUUUCACCGCCCAGAACCUAAUCAGAAAAAGGAUUCAUAUAUUAUACUUGUUUGCCAUGCAAAUAUUAUUAGAUAUUUUGUAUGCCGAGCAUUGCAAUUUCCACCUGAAGGUUGGUUACGUUUAAGUUUAAAUCAUGGAAGUAUUACAUGGAUAUCCAUUCGUUCUAAUGGAACAGUAACACUAAAAAGUUUAAGUGAUAGCGGACAUAUGAAGCCACAACUUAUUUCAUCUGAUUAA